AUGUCCAGGUCCUCAUCCAUCACUUGGAGACAUGUCCAGGUCCUCAUCCAUCACUUGGAGACAUGUCCAGGUGCUAGUCCAUCUCUUGGAGACAUGGCCAGGUCCUCAUCCAUCUCUUGGAGACAUGUCCAGGUCCUCAUCCAUCACUUGGAGACAAGUCCAGGUCUUCAUCCAUCACUUGGAGACGUUUCCAGGUGUGCUAGUCCAACAGUUGGAGACAAGUCCGGGUCCUCAUCCAUCACUUGGAGACAUGUCCAGGUCCUCAUCCAUCACUUGGAGACAUGUCCAGGUGCUAGUCCAUCUCUUGGAGACAUGGCCAGGUCCUCAUCCAUCACUUGGAGACAUGUCCAGGUCCUCAUCCAUCACUUGGAGACAUGUCCAGGUCCUCAUCCAUCACUUGGAGACAUGUCCAGGUCCUCAUCCAUCACUUGGAGACAUGUCCAGGUGCUAGUCCAUCUCUUGGAGACAUGGCCAGGUCCUCAUCCAUCUCUUGGAGACAUGUCCAGGUCCUCAUCCAUCACUUGGAGACAAGUCCAGGUGCUAGUCCUACAGUUGGAGACAUGUCCAGGUCUUCAUCCAUCUCUUGGAGACGUGCAGGUGUUAGUCCAUCUCUUGGAGACAUGUCCAGGUCUUCAUCCAUCUCUUGGAGACAUGUCCAGGUCUUCAUCCAUCUCUUGGAGACAUGUCCAGGUCUUCAUCCAUCUCUUGGAGACAUGUUGUUGGAAUAUGCAGUAG